GUAUGCCUGGACUCUCCCUCCCGCUCCCUCGCCUUUUUUCUCCCAAGCCUGUUUUAAAGUCUCUGCCAGACCCGGGCUCACAUGCUACUUCCUGGAUGGAAGGAUGGAAAGCUUCCAGAGCGGCUCCAACUAUUCCCUUUCUGUUUUCGCAAGACCCGCUGCGGCUUCCCGCUGCAUGGACUACUACUACUAGAUUCCCCAGUCCCUUUCCCUCCCUUGAUAAAUGAACUGAUAGGGCUUGACCGGUGCCCUCGUCAUGCUUUGCUCUGGAAGUAUGAUGAAGCGGUUUGCAUGAAGGAGAUUUUUUGAGAAAGAACACUAAAACCUGUAUUAUUUCCGUCUUAACUUCAUAAACAGAAACAGAAGCCCGAAUUUGUAGCGGCAGCAAGUCACAUUGGCUCUGCGGUUUGCGUCGCAAAUUCGUUCGACUUGAAUUUAUUUCCAUUGUUGAAGCUUCUAAUUCAAAAUUUAAGACGGAUAACUGUUAACAAUUUUCUUUUUUGCUCUCGAUGUGCAUUGUGACAUGCGGAGGCUACUGGAAUCGUGUUGUUGGUGGAUCUUCUCGUUGAUUUUGUCAGCAUUCGUGCUUUUUUGGGCCGACUGUCACCCUGCUCUGACAGGAGGUCACCCGGGAACUUUGCGAGGAGGGGACCAUGGGACCACGGCGGGGCCUCGAUUCCGAAGAGCGGUGGUGGACUCCUACUGGGCUUACUCAGGGACAUAUGGGCCAGACAGCUGGACAACAGCCUAUCCAGAAUGCCGGGAGUCCAAUCAAUCCCCCAUUGAUAUCCUCGAUCACGAUGCAAAAGUGUCCUUGGAGUACCAAGAGCUCACGCUGGAUGGGUUUGAGACAGAAUCAUCCAACAAGACCUCCAUGAAGAACACAGGAAAAACAGUGGCCAUCCUGCUGAAGGAUGAUUACUUCAUCAGGGGCGCGGGGUUGCCUGGGCGCUUCAGGGCGGAGAAGGUGGAGUUUCACUGGGGUCAGAGCAACGGCUCGGCCGGCUCUGAGCACAGCGUCAACGGCAGGAGGUUCCCGGUGGAGAUGCAGAUCUAUAUGUACAACUCAGAUGAUUUUGACAGCCUCCACGCAGCCAUUCAUGAAAACAGAAUAAUUGCUGCCAUGGCAGUGUUCUUUCAGGUCGGGGUGAAGGACAACCCGGCCGUGGACCCCAUCAUUCAUGGACUGAAGGGCGUGGUCCAUCAUGAAAAGGAAACAUUCCUGGAGCCCUUCAUUCUGAGAGACCUGCUGCCAUCAUCUCUGGGAAGCUACUACCGCUACACCGGCUCCCUCACCACCCCCCCCUGCAGCAAGAUUGUGGAGUGGAUUAUCUUCCACCGACCUGUGUACCUGUCUUACCAACAGCUGGAGGCCUUCUACUCCAUCUUCACCACAGAGCAGCAGGACCACGUCAAAUCGGUGGAGUACCUCAGAAACAACUUCCGCCCGCAGCAGAGCCUGGACAACAGGGUGGUCUUCAAAUCCGCCGUCAAGGACGCCUGGAUCCCAGAUUUCACCGAUAGCCUGGGGAAUCCCUACGGCACGGAGUCAUCCAAAGUAUGCAGCAGUGCUCCGUUCAACAUGAAGGUGCAGCCCCUGAACAGGACAGCGUUGGUGGUGAGGUGGACCAGGCCUGACGUCAUUUACCAUCCUCCCAUCAUCAACUUCAUGAUCUCCUACAGCUGGACCAAGAACGAAGAGUCCUACGAAAAGACUUUCAUCAAAGACAGCAACCAGGAAUUGGAGGCCGUCAUCACGCCCGUGUCUCCCGACGUCCUCUACCUGUUCAGGGUCCAGGCCGUGUGCCGCAGUGACAUGCGCAGUGACUUCAGCCAGAGCAUGCUCUUCAGGGCGAACACCACCAGGAUAUUCGAGGGAACAAGAAUAGUGAAAACUGGAAUGCCCACAGCAUCUCCUGCGUCCUCAGCAGACAUGGCUCCCAUCAGCUCAGGCUCCUCCACGUGGACGUCCUCCGGCCUCCCUUUCUCCUUUGUCUCCAUGGCAACGGGCAUCGGGCCGUCCUCCAGCGGCAGCCAGGCCACGGUGGCGUCUGUGGUAACCAGCACCCUCCUGGCGGGACUGGGGUUCAGCGGGGGGGUCAUCUCCUCCUUCCCCAGCUCCGUAUGGCCCACGCGGACCCCCCCCUCCAGCUCCGCCUCCACCCGUCAGCCGGCCAAGCCCGCGGCCCCCACGGCCGAGCCCGCCACCGCCCAGGGCUCUGAGGGUGACGCCGUCCCCAAGGACAGCGAGGGUGCGGAGGACGGCGAGAAGGGCGGCAAAGGCGAGGGAGAGGAGGGGGAGAGAGAGGGAGAUGAGGAAGAGGAAGAGGAAGAGGGAGAGGAGGUGAAAGAGAAAAAAACCACUCCGGAUGAAGUGGAAACUCAGGACAACAGCACGGUGGCCAAAGAGCCGCCAACUGCAGCCCCAGACUCCACGGCUAAAGAGAAAGGACAAGAAAACGACAAGCCGGAACCCAGAACAACGCCCUCUAGUGCCACGGAGGACCAACUGAUCACGGGCUCAACGGAGUUGGGCACAGUGGUCCCUACUCGGGAUUUGGGGAAUGACACUUUGGAGAUACAGGCUCCAGGCAGCCCCACCCUGACUACCAAACUCAGCGGAGAGGAAAAGAGCCACUGGCCUUUCUCCAUCCACACAGAGAGAAACAGUGUCUCCAACAUGACGAGGAACCCCGCGCACGGCUCCAGCAAGGUGGAGUGGAUCAUCCCCCUGGUGGUGGUGUCGGCCCUGACGUUCGUCUGCCUCGUCCUGCUGCUGGCCGUGCUGGUGUACUGGAGGAGGUGUUUCCAGACGGCCCAUUUCUACGUUGAGGACAGCAGCUCCCCCAGAGUGGUCCCCAAUGAGAGUAUUCCCAUCAUCCCCAUCCCAGAUGACAUGGAGGCCAUUCCUGUCAAGCAGUUUAUCAAACACAUCACAGAGCUGUACUCCAACAACCAGCACGGCUUCUCGGAAGAUUUCGAGGAGGUGCAGAGAUGCACAGCGGACAUGAAGAUCACGUCGGAACACUCCAAUCACCCCGACAACAAGCACAAGAACAGAUACAUAAACAUCGUUGCCUACGAUCACAGCAGGGUGAAGUUACGCCCUUUAGCGGGAAAGGAUGCCAAACACAGCGACUACAUCAAUGCUAACUACGUGGAUGGAUAUAACAAGCCCAAGGCUUACAUCGCCGCUCAGGGUCCUCUGAAGUCCACCUUUGAGGACUUCUGGAGGAUGAUCUGGGAACAGAACACUGGAAUCAUCGUAAUGAUCACAAACCUGGUGGAGAAAGGAAGGAGAAAGUGCGAUCAGUACUGGCCGACUGAGAACAGCGAGGAGUACGGGAACAUCGUGGUGACGCUAAAGAGCACAAAAGUACACGCCUGCUACACGCUGCGACGCUUCACAGUACGGAACACGAAAGUAAAAAAGGGUCAGAAGGGGAACCCAAAGGGGCGGCAGAACGAGCGCACAGUGAUCCAGUAUCACUACACACAGUGGCCUGACAUGGGCGUGCCGGAGUACACCCUGCCCGUCCUCACCUUCGUGCGGCGGUCCUCCGCAGCCCAGACACCGGACAUGGGUCCACUCGUAGUACACUGCAGUGCGGGCGUGGGCAGAACUGGAACAUACAUUGUGAUCGACAGCAUGCUGCAGCAGAUAAAGGAGAAGACCACAGUCAACGUGCUGGGAUUCCUCAAACACAUCAGGACACAACGCAACUACCUGGUCCAGACGGAGGAGCAGUAUAUUUUCAUCCACGAUGCCUUGAUGGAAGCCAUCCUUGGCCAGGAGACAGAAGUCCUGGCUAGUCAGCUCCACAGCUACGUCAACAGCAUCCUUACCCCUGGCCCAGGGGGCAAGACGCGCCUGGAGAAACAGUUUAAGUUGGUGACGCAGUGCAACGCCAGGUUUGUGGAGUGCUUCAGUGCACAGAAAGAGUGCAACAAGGAGAAGAACCGUAACUCCUCUGUGGUGCCCUCGGAGCGGGCCAGGGUGGGUCUGGCUCCACUUCCUGGAAUGAAAGGCACCGAUUACAUCAACGCCUCUUACAUAAUGGGCUAUUACCGGAGCAAUGAGUUCAUUAUUACCCAGCACCCCUUGCCUCACACCACAAAAGACUUCUGGAGGAUGAUCUGGGACCAUAACGCACAAAUUAUCGUCAUGUUGCCGGACAACCAGGGCUUGGCGGAGGACGAGUUUGUUUACUGGCCGAGUCGAGAGGAGGCCAUGAACUGCGAGGCCUUCACCGUCACACUCAUCAGUAAGGACAGACUGUGCCUCUCCAACGAGGAGCAGAUCAUCAUCCAUGACUUCAUUCUAGAGGCCACGCAGGAUGAUUAUGUGCUGGAAGUGCGUCACUUCCAGUGUCCAAAAUGGCCCAACCCCGAUGCUCCAAUCAGCAGCACCUUUGAGCUCAUCAAUGUCAUCAAGGAGGAGGCCAUGACGAGAGAUGGACCAACCAUAGUGCACGACGAGUUUGGGGCUGUGUCGGCCGGUAUGCUGUGCGCCCUCACCACCCUGUCUCAGCAGCUGGAGAGUGAGAAUGCAGUGGGCAUAUAUCAGGUGGCCAAAAUGAUCAACCUCAUGAGACCUGGAGUCUUCACCGACAUUGAUCAGUACCAGUACCUUUACAAAGCUAUGCUCAGCCUUGUGAGCACCAAGGAGAACGGGAUUGGACCUACAUCUAUGGACAGAAACGGCACUUUGGUGAUCACGGACGAGUCCGACCCUGCUGAGAGCAUGGAGUCGCUCGUUUGAAGACGGUGGAGGAGAGUAAAGAGGCACUUAAUUUGUAAACCUUCAAGGACUAGACAGACUUUUUUGAGGCCUUUUUUGCCAGACUCUUGGUUAAAUAAAAUAACCUGAUUACUUUUUUACACUGAUAAAAAGUUUUUGAUAUUUAUUUUUGCCAUUUUAUGUCUUAAUGUUAUCCUACUGAGCAUUUGCACCUAUGUUUAAGUUCACACAAUGAAACACAGUUCUUUCUAGUUUGCACUAUAAUGUCAAUGUUACUGCCUAUAACUACCCGAUCGACAAUAUCACCAAGCCCCGACUCCACAUUCCACGGCGACGCUUCACUUGCUUGUUCUUAGCUACCUGAAAAUAAAAGGCAUCGUCUGUGCAUACUCUCUAGGUCGCUGAGAGGAAGAGGACAGAGGAAGAGCAAGCUGUUUGUGUGUGUGGUACAUGAACUGCAUCACCCAAAUCCCAGUCCCCUACAAUACAGGUCUCAAUGUGUUCUGUACAGGAAAGCUUCCUAUACAUACUUUGCUUUGAAAUUUACCAGGCUAAUUUAUAUUACACCUAUAAGCAAUAGGGUUAUUAUUUUGCGUCAUAGUUUUAUUUUACUUCCAUAAUCCCUUUUAUUAGCAAGUCAAACCCAUAUUUUAAUUUUUGAAGGUGGUAUUAUAAUAGCUACUGUGAACUUUCAUUCUUUUGUAAGAUUUCUAUUCUGCUUUUUAAUAUAUAUGAAUAUACCCUUAAUCAGUAUAACUUGUGAUUUUGUAAAUGUCUGCACCCAUGGCCAGCCCCGUCACUAUUUCCUUUUUGGAUUGGUGGAAGUUUAACAGGACAGAGAUGCUUUUUCUCCUGACCUUUCGUCUCGCCUGUCUGUCUUAGCUUGGCUGGUCAGUCCGUCGGCUCCAUUAUGCUGCUAGCUGCCAAUGAGAUGACCUUCAGUGUCUGAGUCUAAGCAAAACUGAGCAACCUCCAUAUCCCAUAGAUCACGUCCUGUGCUCGGAGAAACUUGCCGUUAGCUGGAUCGUCUGUUGGUAUCAUUUUUUAAGAGGUUGAUGGUUGAGGUUUUUGAAGUCCUUUUAACCCGGAAAUGUUGUUUUGUUUUUGAGAAGGGAUGUGUAUCGGCGAUGGUAUGUCUCGCCUCUUGUACAGUUUUGAACCUUUUUCCUCCAUUUCAGCUCAGCUCUGGGAUGACUCUACAUCCUGUAGGAUGUAUGUUAAAUGUAAACAAGAUUUUGAUUUAAGGAAGAAGGCAGGAAUUGUACUCAGUUCUAAAACCCCCAUUCCCUACCCCCAAGCCACCCUGGUAUUUUUUUAAAUGUGUUUUAUUAUAUUUUAUUGUCUCUAUUUUGUUUACCGCUCCAAGUACCUCCAAGUUCAUUUUUAAUGCCGUACCUGAUACCUGAUUUUCCUUCUCUGCCUCCAAAACAACACACGCUUGGUAUAAACAUGCCUCCUCUUAGGCCAAAUGGGACAUUUCAACAGAAGUGGAGAAAACUGUUACCCUGUCAUUACACAGCACAGCUGCCUUGCUAUUAGAGUUUUUGAGUUGUGUUUCUGUCGUAAAUAAACAUUAAACUGGGGGACAUCUAAUCUUAUCAACUUUACCAAAGAUAUAAACUCAUUUCAGCCAGAAAAAGAGCUUUUUUUCUUUAGCCAAUGCCUGUUUUCUUUUCCCCAUCCACCAUGACUUGACUGAAAUUAAAAUGUACAUUUCAGGUUUGCUUGGCACCUGUUUGUUUCAGGCAGACAUUUUUGAUAAGUUUAAACAUUUUUUUAGUGUAACAACUAUAUAAUACGGCACAUGUUGGCUAAUGCAUUUUCUGUUGCACUGACAGAUUGGCCAUAGUAUAAUACAGUUCACUUACUGCUUACCUUGCUCUUUGAAUUGUCUUUGAAAAGCUGUGGGUCCAUAAUUUAAACAGCAACAGACAAGGGGAAUGGCACUUUUUCCCUUAUCUAUAUUAUCUCAUGGGUGACCUAUAGUGAAGUUUAUUCUGUAUGAAAGGGAGUCUGAUAUCUGAAAUAACUCUUGCAACCAGAAAAUUCUGUAGAAAUGCACUCAUUUUUUCUUAGCUUUUUUGUCUCCUCACAAAGGAGGCUAUUAAAUAAUUGCAACUCUCCAACAUUUGGGGUAAAGACCUGACUUUUGAUCGCAUACCACUUCAGGCAUUUUAAGUGAUGAGUUUGUAUUUGGUUCCUUUGUUCUUGUUUUUGCCAAUUCAGCACCACAGCUGCUCAACUCAAGCAUUCCUUUGUGUUGCAUUUUAAACAAAUACUAGUGUAUAUCAUGAAAUUUAAAAAUGUACAUAUUUUGUUUCUUCAGUAACCAUCUUCUGGAAAUGUUGUAUCUAUGGUAUAUAAUCAUAGAAUUCUAUAUUUUCAUAUAAAGCUAUUUUUUUUUUCUAGUUUCAACUCCUUCAUUGUUUUUUGUGGUGCAUAUGUGGAAAAGAAGUCUGUGCGUUGAGGUAGUAAUUCAUCACAUUCCAAACAAAUGACACACCUACUAUUACUUUUUGGGCAGUGAUUGUGUUUUUUUUAAUUCCUUUUUACAUUUUUGUUUUUAAUUAAAAUUCUCAGUGUGUGCAAUAGACUAGAUCCAGUAAGUCACUGAAUAAGUUUGUCUCAUUGGCCCAUGUGGAAAAAUAUGGGUGGUCCUCCUCUUUUGUAACCUGACAAAAAUUGCUUUGUUUUGUUGAAAGCUAUAUCAAAUCAUUCUAUUAUAGUGUUAUUUAAUAUGUAAAUUGUAUUGCUAUACAUAAAAUAAAAUAUGGGUUUUGAUGUA